CUGGCGUGCUGUGCGGCGGGCGGGGCCCCUCCGCAAGCCGCUCGUCCGCAGCCGAUUUCGGCCCUGCGGCCUGGCGCGUGCCACGCCCACCCGGCCCUCCUAUCGUCCCUCCUAUCCUCCGAUCUCCCGACCGUCGCCCGCCAGCCCGGAGCCCCCCCCCCCGGCCUCUGCAUGGCCGGGCUGGGCCGCCCCUCCCGCUUCGCGGCGCUGCUCGACUCCGACGGCGAGGCCGCCGGCGGCGGGCCGCCGCCGUGCGGCGUGGGGGAGCCGCAGGACGAGGCGGGCGCCGAGGGCGAGCUGGAGCGGCUGGCCGCCGAGGCCGUGGCGGCGCUGGAGGUCGGGGGCGACGGCGUGGAGCGGAUGCUGCGCGUGCCGCAGCGGCACCCCGACGGCCGCGCGCACGAGGCGUGGCUGCAGGCCCGACGGCACCGCCUGACGGCCUCCCGCUUCGCGGCGGCGUGCGGGGCGCCGGGCGCGCGCGCCGGGCGCGGGGCCACGGCGCAGGAGAUGCUCGACAUGCCGGAGGCGGACCCGGGCCAGGCGCUUCUCUUCGGUGUGCAGGCCGAAGCUGACGCGCGCCAGGAGUACCUGGCGCAGCGCCGCGCGGAGCUGGCGCCACUGGCCGUGGAGGUCCAAGAGGUGGGCCUCUGCGUGUGGCGCGAGGAGCCCUGGCUGGCGGGGUCGCCGGACGGCGUGUGCUGGGAGGGCGGCGAGCCCGCCGGGCUGCUGGAGGUCAAGACGGCACGCCGCUGGCAGGGCAAGUUCGACGCCGACCUGCCGGUCGAGUGGACCUACCAGGCCAUCUUCGAGGGCGACGCCCAGGCCUCCUUCUCAUCCAAUCUUCUCGCUCCUGGCCCACUGCGAAUGCGCAUGUCAUGCCUGGCGCGAAUUGUAGUUUCUGUUCGCAGCGUCGAUCCAUGCGCAUAUUUGAGCCUUGUUCUCCGCUGUCUGCUGCUGGCCAGAGUCGCCAGGAUCAGUCUCCCUGCAGCAAGGCCCACCGGAUGGCUAGCGUGUGUCUGUGUCUGUGAGUGUGCGGGUGUGUGUGUGUGCGUGUAUGGGAGAGAUAUAAACGGGCGCGAAUGGCGGAUGAUGAGGUUUUUGAGUCUGCUCGCAGCACCGUGGCUUCCCUCUCCCUGUUCCGCCGCGCUGGCAGGUGCAGGGCUGCAUGCGGAUCGCCUCGGCAGCGCUCGGCGUGGAUCUGAGCUGGUGCGACCUGUUCCUGUGGACGCCCGGCCGCUCCGAGCGGCGGCGCGUGUCGUUCGACGCCCAGCUCUGGGAGGAGCUCAUGUUCCCGGCGCUGCGCAGCUUCUUCUUCGAGUGGUUCCUGCCGCGGCUCGCGCGGCACGAGCGACGUGAGCGGCGCGAGCGCGGGGCCUUCCCCGGCAGAACGCGCAAGCGGCCGAAGUCUCGGGGCACAAAGAUCGGGGGCGG